GGACAAAAGAAUCGUCCGGCCGCUCGCAUGGACGAAGCAAGUUGCGUAGCAGACCACGAGAGCAGAAAAUUCACAGAUUUAUUUCGCCAAUAGACAGUUUCUAUAAAAGGCGCCAUGGCAACGGCGGUAGGUUGUUACGUCAAAAAGUCCUAAAGCAAACGCGUAACGUUGUUGCAUCCGCAUCUUCCGUUCCGGGCCUUGUUCGCAGCCAGCCAAAAGGGCUUCUUGCUCUUGGAAUGGAGCUACGGAGCGGCCUUCCGCUGGUUGGGCAGCAGUACGCCGCGCUGCUGAAGAAGAACGCGAUCUUGACAUGGCGGCACAAGAAGUCGGCGUCGCUCCAGCUCUUCUCCUCCCUCUUCUUCAUCUUCCUCAUCUUUUGCAUCGAGAAGGCCAUCCAGUCGCGCUUCUCCGACACUACCUCUUACAAGAACGUCCACGACCCCAAGGCCCUCGUCGAUCAUCCCAUCCCUCCCUGCGAGGACAAGUACUUCAUCCACACGCCCUGCUACGACUUCCUCUGGAGCGGCCGGGACAGCGCCAGCGUCUCCGCUAUCGUCGCCGCCAUUAUGAGGAACAACCCCGGCCGACCGAUUCCCAGCGAUAAGGUCAUGUCUUUUGGAACUCCUGAUGAAGUGGAUGCCUGGCUGGAAAGUAAUCCUAUGCGGUCCCCUGGUGCCUUGCAUUUUGUCGAGAGAAAUUCUACUGUUAUAAGCUAUGGGAUUCAGACCAACUCCACUGCUGUGGGUAGACGAGGAACUUAUGAGGAUCCUACUUUCAAAUUUCAAAUUCCACUUCAAAUUGCAGCUGAGCGUGAAAUUUCUAGGCACUUAAUUGGAGAUUCAAAUUUUAACUGGACAAUGGGUUUUAAGGAAUUUGCUCACCCAGCCAUACAAACUUUUUCAGCUGUUGGUUCUGCAGGGCCAACCUUUUUCCUUGCUAUUGCUAUGUUUGGAUUUGUAUUUCAAAUUAGUUCUUUGAUUCUAGAGAAAGAACUUAAACUUCGUCAGGCCAUGUCCUUAAUGGGUUUAUAUGAUUCUGCUUAUUGGCUAUCUUGGUUUACAUGGGAAGCAUUUCUUACAUUCUUGGCAGCACUUUUUUCUGUCCUUUUUGGGAUGAUGUUUCAGUUCAACUUUUUCUUGAAUAACAGCUUCAGUGUUCUAUUCCUUGUAUUCUUCCUUUUCCAACUUAAUAUGCUAAGUUUUGCUUUCAUGAUAUCUGCUUUCGUUAGUAAAUCAUCAUCAGCUACUACUGUUGGGUUCUCAAUAUUCAUUAAUGGUUUUCUAACUCAGCUAGUCACACUCUUUGGAUUUCCAUAUGAUGACAAUUUCUCAAUCCUUUAUCGAGUUAUAUGGUCAUUAUUUCCCCCGAACCUUCUCGCGAAAGCUCUCGAUUUGCUUGGUAGUGCUACGGCUACCUCAGAGGAUGAAGGAAUUAGUUGGCGUAGACGUGGAGAAUGCCCUAGCCGUGAAUCUGAUUGUGUGAUAACAAUUGAUGACAUCUAUAAAUGGCUUAUAUCAACAUUCUUUGUGUGGUUUCUUUUGGCAAUCUACUUUGACAAUAUAAUUCCUAACUCCAAUGGUGUGAGAAAACCAAUUUUUUAUUUCUUGAGCCCCUCAUAUUGGACUGGGAAAGAUGGAAACAAGGUCGUAGAGGGUGGUCCCUGUAGCUGCUUUAAGUCGAUCCCUCCAUUAAGUGAUUCUGCUCCUACUGAUGAGGAUGUCUUGGAGGAGGAAACUGUUGUGAAACAGCAAGCUGCUAAUGGAGAUAUUGAUCCACAUGUUGCAGUUCAAAUACGUGGCCUAACUAAAACAUAUGCUGGCACUAACAAAAUUAGUUGUUGCAAGUGCCAAAGGUCUUCACCUUAUCAUGCUGUCAAGGGAGUAUGGGUUAACUUUGCAAAAGAUCAGCUGUUUUGCCUUCUUGGACCUAAUGGAGCUGGGAAGACUACUGUGAUUAAUUGUCUUACUGGUAUUACACCUGUUACAGGAGGAGAUGCAUUGAUUUAUGGAUAUUCUGUUCGGACUUCAUCUGGUAUGUCAAGUAUUCGAAGGAUGAUAGGUGUUUGUCCCCAGUUUGAUAUCCUAUGGGAUGAAUUAUCUGGUAAAGAACACCUGCAUCUAUUUGCUAGUAUUAAAGGUUUGCCUCCAUCUACAAUAAAGUUGGUAGCGGAAAAAUCAUUAGCUGAGGUAAAACUUACUGCUGCUGCUAGUGUUAGAUCUGGAAGCUAUAGUGGAGGGAUGAAGCGUCGGCUUAGUGUUGCUAUUGCACUUAUUGGAGAUCCAAAAAUGGUCUUUCUAGAUGAACCAACUACAGGUAUGGAUCCUAUCACUCGAAGGCAUGUCUGGGACAUAAUAGAAGCUGCAAAGAAAGGACGAGCUAUUGUCUUGACCACCCAUUCCAUGGAGGAAGCUGACAUUCUAAGUGAUCGGAUAGCCAUCAUGGCCAAAGGAAAAUUGCGAUGUAUAGGAACUUCUAUACGACUUAAAUCAAGAUUUGGAACUGGUUAUAUUGCUAAUGUGAGUUUCCACAAUAGUUCACUUGGCCAUACUCCAAAUGUUCAUGGUGAUACACCUGCAAAUGGCCUUCAUCUUGAGCUCGUGAAGCAAUUCUUCAAAGAUCGACUAGAUGUGGACCCUAAAGAGGAGAACAAGUCGUUUUUGACUUUCGUCAUCCCACACAAAAAGGAGGAGCUUCUAACUAAUUUUUUUGCUGAGCUUCAAGAUAGAGAAAGUGAAUUUUGCAUUUCCGACAUACAACUUGGUCUGGCAACACUCGAGGAGGUGUUUCUAAAUAUUGCUAAACAAGCUGAACUAGAAAGCUCAGCGGCUGAGAGGAACCUGAUCACUUUGAACUUGUCAUCCGGAUCAUCAAUUCAGAUUCCAAAAGGCGCUAGAUUCGUUGGGAUCCCUGGAAGUGAGUCUACCGAGCAUCCGAGAGGUCUGAUGGUUGAAGUUUACUGGGAACAGGACGACACUGGAUCCCUCUGUGUCUCUGGCCAUUCACCUGAAACUGACAUACCACCAAAUGUCCAACCGACUAUGAACCGAAACCCUUCUCGGAGAGAGUUACGUGGUGGCGGCCCAGUCGGAUUCGUCAUAGAUGCAGAUCAAGUCAUUCAUGGUCGCUGAGUAUGAAAUGUGUGAAUCUUGGCGUGCCCCAGAUUGCCGCUAUUGACGUCGGUAUAUGAGUAAAAUGAGGAUUGUUUGCCCUUUGGGGUAUUUUUAUGUUUCUACGUUCGUAUUUGUUUUAUUUGUUGCAUUUUACUAAACCGGUAAUUUGAUUCAUAAUGCUCAAAUCAAAAUAAAGACUUGGACUGAUAUUUAUCAAAA